UCCAGAUAAUGGCCAGUUCAAUCGAUGAAAAAGAAGAGAUUGAGAAAGGAAUUAAUGAUGAAAAGAAUAGAACACGUGUAAUUGCUCUUGCGGUUCGCGAAGCUGUGGCCGUAGCCUUUGGUGUUAAUCAACCAGACUGGGAUGCCGCUUGUAGAAAUAUUCUACAAAAUCAUUUAUUAACGGGACAAGAAAAAUCAACUAUAAUAGAAUUACUUAAGCAAAGGGAAAGAAAUUAA